AUGGGAACACUCAAAGCUUCAUGCGUCGUGUUAUCGUGGUUGUAUUGGGGAAUCAACUGUCCAACAAGCAGAGCCUUUCUCCUGUUUCCUCCAAUUACUAGUACUCCCACCGCCCAUACCGGUACCGGUAGAGCACACCAUCCUCCCCGAUACACAGCCCUUUGGGCAGCAACACCAAGACGAGGCGCUGGCAGCAAGAAAACCUCAUCUUUGGCGACAGAGAAAACUCGUGUCAAAAGAAAGGAUCUCUCGGAUCAAAAGGACAAGUAUUUUGUUGCAAAACAAAAAGAAUCUCAUGAGGAUACCGAGCGAAUACUCGAAGUGUUGCCACUGUUCGCUUCAACAACGCCCUUUUACAACGACACGACAAGAACCUCAUUGGAUGGUCUCAUGGGUGCUGAUGAUUUAUUGAACCAGGCGUUGUCUUCUCAAGUUUCCUACUUUUACUUGCAGAAGCAGUUGAAUUUCUCGGAAGAAACCAUGUGGAAAAUCACGGUGAAUGCCCCUUCCGCAUUGGGCAUGACAGCACAGACGAUUGAAGCCAAAGUGGAGUGUUUGAAAUCUGCCUUGGGAUUGGAUACUCUCCAAGAAAUCGAAGCCAUCGUGAGUCGACAACCCACUCUCUUGCAUCUCAGCGUACAUCGCAAUCUAGCUCCCACCCUACAAUGGAUUCAAUCAUCCCUUGAAAUGUCUCGGACAGAAUUGAAACAACUGAUACUCGCAGAACCAGUUCUUCUCACUUUGUCGGUGCAAACCAAUCUACAACACAAGCUCAACUUCUUUACCGACCCACAAAAAGGGCUGGGAUUUUCCAUUCCGGAAUGUCGCAAACUCCUCUUGGCGGAACCCCGAUUAUGGAGCAGUGCCGGAGUCAAGACGGGAUUGAUUCCAAAGGCCAAAUUCUUUCUCGACGAAUUGGAGCUACCCAAAGACCAACUGCGCAAAGCCAUUGCCAAAAAUCCACGCAUUCUUCUCUACAGUCUCCAAGACAAUCUUGCACCCAAACUGAUCAAUUUUUUUAUUAUGACAUUGCAUAUGGAUCCAGCCACGCACGUGGCAAAACUCGUCACGACGUAUCCACAGUUUUUGGACUACAACCUCGAACGACACAUACUGCCCAUUACUCGCUUUUUUCUCACCGAAUUGGAUAUUUCGGCACCCGAAUUUCGAUCCAUCUUGCUCAAGUUCCCUCGUUUGAUCACAUACUCGUUGAGCAAGAUCAAACACAAUGUGGGAUUCUUGCGCUACCAGAUGGGCUUUGAUGCCGAUGGAGUGCGACGAGUUCUGUAUCAAGCUCCACAAGUUUUGGGGUUGGAUGCCGAACAGAAUUUGACACCCAAAGUGAUCUUCUUGCAGAGAGCCAUAUUGGGGUAUUCCUCGUGUCAAACGGAAAGCGAUGCACAGGAGGAUCCGGACAGAGCCAUGAAAAUGACUCGCAAGGUGAUAUUGGGGCUGCCCACCAUUUUGAAUUUGUCGGUCGAAAAGAACUUGGCUCCCAAAUUGGACUACUUGCGAACCAUGUUGGCAAGUGAAGCGUCGGUCUUGCAGCAGCAGCAGCAAGAAGAAGACCAACAAACUACAAGCAUCUACAACCCACUACAACAGCUCGUACAAGAAACGUUGCUUCGAAUGCCAGCAUUGCUGGGGUAUUCUCUGGAAAAACGGAUACGACCUCGCAUGCAACGGAUUCUAGAUGCUGGAUUGCCUCCUUCCAGUAUAACGAUUGGGAUCAGCAUGACGGAAGCAAACUUUCAAAAAUGGCUGGAAGGACGACGACAGGCAAAGGCCAAGCGGGCCAUUGUUUUAUGGAAUGACAACAACAACAACGCCUCCAAAGAAGAGCAAACGUUGCCGUAUAAUAAUCGUCCGCUACCAAUGCUGCCAGCUGCACGAGAAGACCAAGAUCAUAGAUCCGGACGUAUUGUGCACUGGACACGAGAACGCAGACCCUGGAGGGCCGAUUAG